UUAUUUCUGUUUUAGGGUAUGUGGGUUCGGAUGGAGAGUGUUUUGGUUUGGAUGCUUCUCUUCGUUACGCUUUUUUCAAGACCCUCUUCUUCAGUUGUUAGGAACCUCUCUGAUAUUUCCGAAGGAAAUUACGGCCUUUCUGGAAUUUCCCACAUCACUGUGGCCGGAGCGGUUCACCACGGCAUGAAAGAGAUAGAAGUUUGGCUCCAGACUUUUGCUCCAGGAUCUGGCACUCCAAUUCACCGCCACGACUGCGAAGAAGUCCUCUUGGUGCUCAGAGGGACCGGAACUUUGCUCUUGGCAGAACCAGGAUUGGAGCAUCCGGGUGAAACCACCCAGUUCCAGUUCUCACAAAACAGCACCAUAGCGGUUCCUCGAAAUGCAGUCCACCAGAUUAUCAACACAGGGGACGAGGAUGUGCAGCUUUCGGCGGUAAUGUCAAGACCUCCUGUUAGAGUGUUUGUUUAUCAGAGCUUCUCUAUACCACAUGCUGAGGCUGUUCAUUUUCCUGUACCCUGGGAUAUGCAAUGCUUUGCUGCUGGUCAAGGUUAUUUUGGAGCAUUAUAUUUGCAUAAAAGGGAUUUUAGUAGUCAGGAACCUCUCUGAUAUUCCGCAAGACAGCUAUGGUCGUCCGGGAUUGUCUCACAUGACUGUAGCUGGG